AUGCAGCAUUUUUCGUGUAGCUGGCAACGCCAAAUUCAUAUUGCGGACAAAUUUUGUUUACAAUUGAUGUAAUUGAUUUUGCUAUUCUAUUUUAAUAAAUUGCGACAAUGAGUAAUUUAGAAGUGGAUAUUAAAAUCUUGGAGCCAGAGACCACUUUGAAGACUGAAGACGAAGGCAACGAUGCUGAGAGUUCCACCAAUAAUAAUCUGACCGCCAAAGAGGAUGACUUAAAAUCAGCGGAGACAUUGCGGGAGUCGCCCGUACAGUGGCCAGAGCGCUUUCCUGGCAUGGAUGAGUUUCUGACCAAGAGCGAUACACCGAUACAUACACCAAAUAUUGAUCCCGCAAGAAUUUUGACCAAUGCCAACUUGUCGGCCAUUAACCAAUUUGCUCGUUUGCCGCCAGAACAACUGGUUGAUAAGAUUAAGGCAAUGCAGGAAGAAAUCUACAAGUUGGGACUGCGUGAGUCCAAAGAGAUGACUCGAGGCAAACUUUUGGGCAUCUUUGAUCGCGAUCGUCUUACGAAAACGAAAGAUUUUCGAAAUUAAUUUUUAGCAAAUGCGCAGCAAAACAUCUCUGACGUCAGACUUGAUUAACUUUAGAUUAUAAUACUUACAUAAUUACCAACUUAUGGCCAUCUUUUCACUAAAAAAUUACAAAUUGGUUUGAUUGUUUUUUUUUAGUGAUAAGAGGCUUUUAUAAUAAUAUUAUUCAUCAUAAUUACGUGCUUGCAUGUGCAUAUUUCAACAGAAUUGUAAAACGCGUCGAUUACGCUAGUCAACAAUAAAUAACAUUUAUUUCCAUUAAA